GAACGCGGCCGCCCGAUGCCCGAUCAGAUCUGCGACAGAUAACAACGUCAUGAGUUGUUCCUUCAACGAACCAAGGAACGUUUGACUUAUCUGACAAUCUGUCAGCGCUCUUGGAGGGACAGCGGACCAAAUGUCGCGGACCAGACCCUGAAUACUCUUGUUCCUCCAUCUUGCCACUCUUUGUCUCCAACCUACACAGUAGGUAUUGUGACUAGCCGUGAGGCGACCUGUACUUGCAGCAAAACCUAAACCAUGCGCACGCGAACAUAACCCGAAAUCCUCCUCGAGCCCUCUCGGGUCUCCACAAGCACCGAAGAGCACUUUUUUCCUCAGCCGUAAUUGAGAGACAACAAGCUCGCCAUGGCUUCCAAUACUGAAGCAACCUUCGUCGAGGACGUCGACAUAGACCAAGAAAUCCGAUCGCGAACGCGACCAAAUGCCUCCAAAUCGAAGUCAAAGGUACCCCGCCACACGCCGAACAAGUCAGGGACUACUUCCAUUGCAACCGAGAGCGACAACGAAGAGGCGCCACUUCUGCGUGCGUCAAGGGAUGACGACGGAAGCGUGGAUGUCGACGGCAGUGAUGGUGGAGAUGAUGACUGGUUUGAAGAGGCAGACUUCAAGGGCCUUCCCUGGUGGAAACGACCUUCGAUAUACUGGCUACUCCCACCAUUCCUGAUUUUCACGAUAGCUUUCGGUGGCAUCGUAGUUCCGAAAAUCAAUUUGAUCAUGGAUUUAGUGUGUGAAGAAUACUACGCGUCUCUAGAGACAGACCCGAUAUCAGGCCCCAUGGAUCCGGGACAAGACCGAUGCCAGAAUGACGCUGUCUCGUCCCGCUCUUCACUCUUCCUUCUCUAUGGCAGCUUGUGCUCUGGCUUACUAGCAGCCAUCACCAGCCCAAAAAUUGGCUCACUCUCGGAUCGAUUCGGACGAAAAAGAUUCAUGGUAUUGAACACGUUGGGUGCGUUCUUCGGCGAAGUGCUCACUAUACUGGCAGCCAAGUACCCCGAGACCGUGCACGUUAACUGGAUCCUGGUUGGCUAUUGUCUAGAAGGCGUAACGGGCUCAUUCAUCGUCGGUAUGGCGCUAGCCCACUCAUAUGCAUCCGACUGUGUCCCGCCACAACGACGAAAUGUCGCGUUCUCGUACUUCCAUGCCUGUCUGUUCACGGGUAUCGCGAUCGGGCCCGCCCUGGCCGGCUACAUUAUCGACGCACGUAAGAAGUAUGUUGGCAAGACGGAUGCGGUGUUACUCAUCUUUUACGUGGCAUUGGGCGCUCACGUCUUCUUCAUGGCAUUCAUCACUUUCUGUAUUCCCGAAUCGCUCAGCAAGUCGCGCCAGGAAGCCGCACGAGAAAAGCACGGAGAAGAGAUGCAAAGGCUGGGCCCGGCGUCAGACUGGAUCAAUCAAUUACGCUCCAUCGACCUGUUACGACCUCUCAAAAUACUUUGGCCUACUGGACCAGGCUCUUCAUCCGCGAUCCGCUGGAACCUACUGCUCCUUGCUGCCACAGACACCAUUAUGUUUGGUGUCGCAAUGGGUGCAACGAGCGUCGUCCUCGUCUAUACGCGUCGCCAGUUCGGUUGGCAGGAGCUGGAGUCCGGUCGCUUCGUCACCAUAGUGAACAGCUGCCGCGUCUUCGCCCUGCUCAUCAUUAUGCCGCUCAUUACGCGCCUCUUCCGUGGCAAAACUAGUACAUCUCGUUUGCCCAAAUCUGGCUCCGACCUCUUCGACCUCUCCAUCAUCCGUGCGGCCAUUUUCUUCGAUACUCUCGGAUACCUCGGCUUCGCGCUCGUCCGCAAGGGCGAGUUCUUCGCAUUAUCCGGUGCUUUGGCGGCAGUUGGCGGCAUAGGCUCUCCUGCCCUUGGGGCGGCUUUGACAAAACAUGUGCCACAGGAUAAGAUUGGCCAGUUGCUUGGUGCGAUGGGCUUGCUGCAUGCCGCUGCGAGGGUGGUGGGUCCGACGAUCUUCAAUGGCAUUUAUAGUGCAACCGUGGGUAGCUAUAGACAGACAGUCUUCGUAUGUCUCACAGCGACAUUCGGCGUGGCAUUCUUGUGUAGUUGGUUUGUUCGACCGCAUGUGUACAUCGACGACGAUGACAAGCGUGCCACAGGCCAGAGUCUCACAGAUGAGCAGGACGCAUAGUGUGCACCUCUGUUCCCUUAUUUUUCCUUGUAAUAUUCGGGUUCGUCAAAGAGAGACUUGAAUCUCCUUCCGCACAUUUCAGCAUCAACAGCAAUAGCGACGGCGUUGGUUGUGUGGUGGAGCGGAUGUACGGCGGGCAAUAUUAGCUGUAUUCUAGGCGCACCAUUUCUAGCUUAGCUCUUUCUAUCGCCAAUUGCGGCUU